AAUGAAAUUGAUUCUAGAACGGAUAACUUUGGAUCCAUGGACAAUGCAAAUUUUGUCGAAAAGUUUAGUAUUUUGUCAGCUUAUAAGAAAAACGAUAAAUACGAUUUACACAAAGCUUUCUCAUAACAUAUAAGACUAUUUUCUUUUUUAAAUUUCACCAUAAAUUUUGGAAAAUUGUUUGAACAAUUAAAGUUAUUAAACUUUUAAAGAAAACAUCUUGUUUUUUGAUGCAUAUCAAAAUUUUGUUAACAUUUUCACUUUUGUGCUAUAAAUCACAGAUUCAAAUUGGUCUCAAUAAAACACUGUAGAAAAAUGCAUGUCUUGAUAACUAAAAACUUUUGUUUUAUGAUACUUUAGAAGCUUAUAAUAGUUCUUCAUUACAAAACUUUAAAACAUACCAUUUAAACCUGUCACCAUGUAAACCUAAUUACUUUCUCUAUAAUCGAACACAAAAUUACUAAAAUAAUAAAAAAAAAGUACCUUACAAAAUACGCACACAAACAAAGAACAUUUUCAAAUAAUUAAACAAAAAUUUAUUUAAACUUUAACAUUAGAUUCUAUAAAAUAUUCAAUCGUAUCUUAGAAGCUUGCACAUUUGAACUAAAACAAGUGGGGUGUAUGUACUCGAAUAAAAAUGUAUGCUGAAAAAACACAAACAUUUCAACCAAUAAUACGAAUACUUAUACUAAACUAAAGCUUAUAUAUUUUUUAAAUUAGUCUCAGAUUUUCUUUCACAUAUCAAUUUAUGGAGAUUAAAUACAGUACAAUAAUAAUAUUCUUAUAUUAAAAGAUUUAGCUUUUUUUUAGUCUCUGGUCAAGUCGCAACAAGUUAAGUUCGUCGUCGUCUGUUGUUUUCAAGUUUAAGUAGAAUCUUAUGAACUUGAAUAUUUUGUAAAAUACUCAAAACAAAGAAUACAACAAAAGCUAAUAUAGUGUAGAGAAUAUGUAUGGGAUUCUCUUUAGAAAUGUUUUUCUAUUGAUUACAUUAAGUUGUGUCGCUAACGCGGCUAUAACAGCUUAUGGCGUCUGUGUAAAUCCUCGCCAAGAAACGGGCAUCUGUAUACAAAUCAAAGAUUGUGAUUAUUUUUUGGACAUUCUAAAUAAAACAGCCAGUAGCGGUAUUAAUCCAACCGAUGCUAAAUUUCUAAGGGAAAGUCAAUGUGGUCAGGAUAAUUCACAGGAUACAUUGGCUAAGCAAGUGUUGGUUUGUUGUCCCGACAACUAUCGCACUUCAGUUGCAACGCGUAGUGGAGCAACUGUAAAAACCUUACCCGGUAAUGUUUUACCCGAACCUGGGGUGUGUGGUGAAAUUUUAUCAGAUCGCAUUUUGGGUGGUAAUAUAACGAAAAUUGAUGAAUUUCCCUGGAUGGCACUGUUGCAGUAUAAAACAGGACCCGAUCGUUAUGGUUUAUACUGCGGCGGAAGUUUAAUAAAUUCACGUUAUGUUCUAACCGCUGGUCAUUGUCUCAAACAUCCCGAUAUGCCAAGCACUUGGGAAUUACACAGUGUACGUUUAGGCGAAUGGGAUCUCACUACCAAUCCCGACUGUGUUAUAGAUGUGCGUGGUCGCAAAGAUUGUGUAGAUCCCCACCGGGAUGUACUCAUAGAUUAUGCCAUGGCACAUCCGUUGUAUGUGCCCACAUCGAAGAAUCAAUUCAACGAUAUUGCUCUUAUACGUAUGGCCGAAAGUGUUAAGACGACAGACUUCAUAAUACCAAUCUGUUUGCCAUUGUCAGCUAAUUUACGACAAAAACAAUUUACUUCCACCGCCAUGGACGUGGCCGGCUGGGGUGCUACCGAAAAUGAUACUGCUAGUACGAUUAAAUUGAAAAUUAUGGUCAAUGUUUGGAAUACCACUAGAUGUCAGGAUACUUAUAAUAUCUUCAAUAUGCCCAUCGAUGAAAAUUAUCAAUUCUGUGCUGGUGGCGUAGAUGGUAUUGAUACGUGUCGCGGUGAUUCGGGGGGGCCUCUAAUGGUGACUCAACGCAUCAAGAAUAAAGAUGUUUAUUUUGUCAUUGGUAUUGUUUCGUACGGUCCAAGACCGUGCGGUCUUGAAGGUUGGCCGGGUGUUUAUACAAGAGUUGGAAAUUAUACUGAUUGGAUUUUAAAUAAUUUAUUACCCUAGUGUUAAUGAAAAGAUAAUCGAGAUUAUACAUAUUAUAUAAUGAAUAAAACUAUAAUGUGGGGAAA